AUGGCUGAUACCGAAAAAGCGCCCCAGCCGCAGCCCCAACAGCAGCAGCAGCAAGAGCAACAACCCCCACAGCAACCGCAACAAGCUAAAGCGGCUAAACAAAAGCAGGUCAUUGCGGAGAAAGUUUCGGGAACCGUCAAAUGGUUUAAUGUGAAAAGUGGAUAUGGCUUCAUCAACAGGAAUGACACUAAGGAGGACGUGUUUGUACAUCAAACUGCAAUCGCCCGGAACAACCCACGCAAGGCUGUGCGCUCGGUCGGCGACGGGGAGGCGGUGGAGUUUGCCGUGGUUGCCGGGGAGAAAGGCUAUGAAGCAGCCGGAGUGACAGGUCCCGGUGGUGAGCCGGUAAAGGGCUCGCCCUAUGCAGCUGAUAAACGCCGCGGCUUCCAUCGCCAGUAUUACCCCCGCCAAGGAGGCGGACGUGGCGGUGAGGGCGCUCCACGUAGAGGUGGCAUGGGACGUCGUGGACCCCCGCCCAACCAGGGGGGUGCACAGGGGGAUGAAGGUCAGGAGGGAGGUGGAGCACCACCGCAACAGCGCAGUUACUUCCGUCGCAAUUUCCGGGGUGGACGUCGCGGUGGUGGUCCCGGACCUAUGAACCGCGGUGGAUACCGCCGCGCGCGACCGCGCAACUACCAGCAGGGCCAGGGUCAGCCACAGCAAAACCAGGCCCCUCGUCAGAAUGGACAAGAGGGAGAGGUCCCAGCCUCUGCUCCAUCACCACAACAACAACAGGCUAAACCAAAAGCCAACAAUAAGCCUGCUGGUGCCUCCAUUGAGACUACUACCAAUGAGAGCCAGGCCUAA